AUGGCACACCUCGCACGCACCCUACCCAGAAGGGCCCUGCCCACCCAACUAACUCCCUACCUGCGCCGAGCCCAAGCACUGAGCACAAUCACAAUCCAACCCACGCCCCAACGAACCCGCCCAACUCCGACACCAACCCCAAACCAACCCAAGACCCCCCUCGCCCAGCUCAGAACCUACCACUCAACCCUCCACCCCCGCCUCCCAGACCACGAAUACACAAACUCCCAAACAGCAAUCCUAACCGCAGCCCUCGACCAUGUCCCAGCGCACGGCUUCACCAGCACAGCAUUGACACUCGGAGCCCGCGACGCAGGAUUCCUAGAUGUCUCAGUGCAAUUGCUCCCGCGCGGAGAAUUCGACCUGAUUCUCUUCUGGCUUGCUAGUCGACGUGGAUUGUUGCGCGGGAAGGUCGAGGAGGGGGGAUUGUUCCGGCGGAUUGCGGCGGAGAAGGGGAAGGAUGUCUAUGAGCUUGGGGUUGAGGAGCGGGUUCGAGGUUUGCUUUUGGAGAGGCUGAGGAUGAAUGACGAGGUUAGGCAUGUUUGGCAGGAUGCUCUCGCGCAAAUGUCCCUCCUGUCUAAUAUCCCCCUCUCGCUAACGGAAUUGCAUGCCCUUGCAUCCGAUAUCCUCACUCUAUCCGGUGACGCAUCCGUCGAUGCGGCGUGGUAUACGCGCCGUCUGGCGGUAUCAGCCAUCUACGCCAGCUCCGAGGUCGUCAUGACGCGCGACCCGACACCAGAUCUCUCUGAGACAGCUGCGUUUGUGGAGCGCCGCUUUGAGGAUCGUCAAGCUAUUGCUGAUAAAUUUACUGGUCUGGGCCAAUGUGCCAGCUUUGGAUGGAACACUGCUGUUGGGCUCGGCCGCAGCUGGGGGUUGAAGAUUUGA